CGCGCGAGGAGGAGGAGGGGGGGAGUGUUACGUGGUGACGUUAAUUCUAUAUGAGCGCGAGCGGCGGGAGCCCGGGUCUUUUUACCGCCAGCCGCGCGGCGCGUCUCUGCUCCUGAGUCACUGCGAGACCCGGCCGCCCGCAGAGUUUUUCCAAGAUCCAGAAAAAUGGCAGACAUUGACAACAAAGAACAGGCUGACCUUGACCAGCAAGAUAUGGAAGAUGUUGAAGAAGUAGAAGAAGAGGAAACUGGAGAGGAUGCCAACAGCAAAGCUCGUCAGUUGACUGUACAAAUGAUGCAGAAUCCACAGAUUCUUGCAGCUCUUCAGGAAAGACUUGAUGGCCUGGUUGGAACACCUACAGGAUACAUAGAAAGCUUACCUAAAGUAGUAAAGAGACGUGUGAAUGCACUCAAAAAUCUUCAAGUGAAAUGUGCACAGAUAGAAGCAAAAUUCUAUGAAGAAGUUCAUGAAUUGGAAAGAAAAUAUGCUGCUCUUUAUCAGCCUUUGUUUGACAAGAGGAGUGAAAUCAUCAAUGCAGUUUAUGAACCUACGGAGGAAGAAUGUGAAUGGAAAACAGAUGUUGAGGAGGAGAUUUCAGAGGAAAUGAAAGAGAAGGCCAAGCUUGAAGAAGAGAAAAAGGAUGAAGAAAAAGAUGAUCCUAAAGGAAUUCCGGAAUUUUGGUUGACUGUAUUCAAGAACGUUGAUUUGCUCAGUGAUAUGGUUCAGGAACAUGAUGAAACUAUUCUGAAACACUUGAAAGAUAUCAAAGUGAAGUUUUCAGAGGCUGGGCAGCCAAUGACAUUUACAUUAGAAUUCCACUUUGAACCUAAUGAAUAUUUCACAAAUGAAGUGCUGACAAAAACGUACAGAAUGAGAUCAGAACCUGAUGAUUCUGAUCCUUUCUCCUUCGAUGGACCAGAAAUUAUGGGGUGUACUGGGUGCCAAAUAGACUGGAAAAAGGGGAAGAAUGUUACUUUGAAAACCAUCAAAAAGAAGCAGAAGCACAAGGGGCGUGGAACAGUUAGAACAGUGACAAAAACAGUUUCUAAUGACUCUUUCUUCAACUUUUUCUGUCCUCCUGAAGUUCCCGAAAGUGGAGACUUGGAUGAUGAUGCUGAAGCAAUUCUUGCUGCUGAUUUUGAAAUUGGUCACUUUCUACGGGAGCGCAUAGUUCCACGAUCCAUAUUGUAUUUCACAGGAGAAGCCAUUGAAGAUGAUGAUGAUGAUUAUGAUGAAGAAGGUGAGGAGGCUGAUGAUGAGGAAGGGGAAGAGGAAGCAGAUGAAGAAAAUGAUCCCGAUUAUGACCCUAAAAAGGAUCAAAACCCAGCAGAAUGUAAGCAGCAGUGAACAGUGUGUAUGUGGCCUUGAGGAUUAUCUGCACUGUAAUAGCCUAAACACAACUAUUAGUUACUUACAGCCUUAUGUUUUGUAUCUUGGUAGAAUUAAGUGAACAUUUUGUUAAAACAAACUGACAGAACCAGUUCAAAAUGUAGGUUCCUUGUACCUAGCAUUUUAAUAGUACUUUUCUGCCAAUAUGUAGAAUGCAGUAAGUCCCUAAAGCAUGAAUAGUUAAUUCAUUGCUAUGUAUAGUUUGGUUCUUGUGAAGUCUGUUGUCAUGUAGUUAUUAGACUGCAGCUGUGAAGAUAUCAGAACUGUUGAUGGAGACCAAUAUUUGUUUAGAGAAGAUCCUUUCCUGAAGAACCAACCAAAGUAUUUUUCAGCCCAGUAGAUGAAAUGGGUGUAAGUCUGCUUGCACUAGCUGUGCCUUCAUUACUUUGUUAUAGAAAUGGCAGUGACUCGUACUAAUUAGGAGAUGGAUGCAUUUUUUUUGGAAUUUCAUGACAUCCAUAUAAUCUGUUAAUUUCCUUCAAGACCACACAGAACAUUCAUAAUUGUCUGCUUGUUUAUGCUCUAGGUUUUGUAUUUUGUGACAGUGACCUACAAAGAAAAUCAGAAAAAAAAUAACAGCACUAGAGACAUUAUAAUAAGGUUGUUUAUCACUGGGGUGUGAAUAAACCUAGUAUUUUCAGAAAUUAGUUGUGUCCCUGGGUUAAUAUAUUCUUCUUCUUUUAACCACAAAACCCCCUGUAACAAGCUUAAGAGUUGUAGUAAGCAGUUGCCAAAUAGGCAUCCAGUCCAUCAGGAGUACCUGGCUAAACUGUGGAAAUGCCUGCAGUGGCUAUGUUCUUGCACGAUUCAUCUGGAUGCUUGUAUUUCAGAGGGCUUUCCAAUAGAUUUCUAGUGUUGCUGCCCCCAUUUGUCUUUUCUGCUCCUGAUUUUUUAAGUUCAUUGUCAACUUCUUACAGCUUGAUUAAAAUAAUGUUUGACAUUUUUAUAGCCUUAGAGGAACAUAGCUGUGUAUUGCUGAGAAACUUAUCAAACAAGUUUCCUUUGAAGAUCAUUACUUGUCCUUUUCAGAGCCUCUGGUUUCAUUUACUAGAAGGAGGCUUUAUAUGGGCAGGGUUCUGUCUGGCAUGUUGAGCAGAUGGUAACGGUCUAGAGUAACUCUUUAAAAUACAUUCCUAGUCUUUACUUUACAUUUACACAGAGGUGUAUGUAUAAAUCUUAAGGGCCAUUUCAGUCAAAUCCCCAGAAGUGCCUCAGCCAGCAAUAAAGUGACAAACAAAAGCAGAACUUGUUUUUAUCUUCUGAUUUUGGCAUAGCCAGCUUUGAACAUUUUUAGAACUGUUCAGCUUAAGACGAUGGAACAAGGAAAAAUUAGUUGAUGUUGUUGCCCAUCCUUUAUUAGAACAUCCAUUUUGGUAUUGGACAAACUCAGAUGUCUCCCAGUUACCCAGGGGCUUGCUAAAAUUCCAACCAGACGUGGAAGAGGCAUUGACAUUUUCAAAAUUAAGGAUACUACUUAUUAAAAAAAUCUGGCAACAGUUUCAAAACGAGUCUAACUCAUUGUAAAAACUAGAGAUUUACCCAUUUUUAUGCCAUGGAAAGUGAUUUUUGUUAUAUAAUUUUGUUGAAAUAAAUACAAUAAUCAAA